AUGGCCGCGCAAGAAGACUUGCGGGAAGCCGACAGCGAGUCACCGGACACCGUCUGCACCUCCGGGCAGCACUUAGAGGAAGACGCGGGAUCCCCCAUGCCUCCUCUGGGGGACAAGGCAACUCUUGGCAAUUUGAUCAGCGAAGCGGGUGGCGCGGUUGCCCGCGCGCAGUGUGCGGCGGUGAAACACUGGUGCUACCACGAGCGCGACGGCUUUGGCGCUCCCAGCCUGAACCCCUUCCAAGACGACAACUCAGUGAAGAUUGCGGAGCACGUAUCACAUAGAAAAAAGCUAGCAUAGCACGUUUGUUCGGAAAUUAUGCACAAAUACAUCAUCGGAAAAAAAAAUUCUCUACUGACUUGCAUAGCCUAAGCAGGAAGAUGCUAUUGGAUGGUUCAUGACAGAUUUUUAUCCCAGUUUCAGCUUGUUUUCGCGUUACGAAUGAAACAGCAUGCUAGCUUUUUCUUGUGUGAUAGCCUGAGGGCAAGCGGUACUGGCUGCGGGCUGUAAACCGGAACCACAAAAUCACGCUCCACUGUGAUCCCGAGCUCAUGCACGGUCGUGCGCUGGUGAUCGAGCACCCGUUCUGGAGAUUCGUUAUGGACCGGUAAAGUGUUACAAUCGCAACUGGUAGUACAAUGAAAACCUGGAAGAUAUAUUUGUGAUGCACGAAGCGCACGAUCUUGCCUAUCUCUAUUCUCGCAGCAAUGCGCAUAAGAGGUUCUGGUUUCAAAGCCAAAUAGAACCUGGUGAAACUUGAUGUAUUGCGAAAAGCGCGAGGCUCUGACUGUAUUUUCCUCCUGCUGUUCAUCAGGCAAGACCAUGAAAUCUAGACUCUACCUGUAACUACGUACCAGUUGAGAUUGUAGGUUAUACUCGUACCGAAGUCAUUCGUAUCAAAUGUAAAAAUGUCUGGGUCUGGAAGAUUCUGACACUUGUCAUGCACGUUUUGCAUUAGCCCUGAUGUCUGUGAUGCAUGCCCUAGCAUCACAUAUUUUUUGAGAGCUUCUUGAUGCCUAUUCCGCAUGACAAAUGCCCUCUCCGCGUAGCAAAAAUUGCAUUCCCUUUGGUACUCAUGCAAUACAGAUUUUUUCGGAAUCCAAAUGAAGCAUCACAAGUUGCAUUCUUCCAGACCCAGACACUUUUACAUUUGAUAAUUCGCCUUCUUUGACAUCGAAGUCGAGGGGUGGUAUCGUAUUUAAAAACGUCCCCACCCCAGAGUUGUAAUGCAAAUCUGCAUGCUGAGAAUGUUUCUCAUGCGGAGCCCCAUGAGAAGCAUCUUCUAGUCGUGUUUUGGGAUUUGUCAUGCUCCAAUCGGCAUGAUAUACUAGAUCUGUGAUGCUGCUGAAGUACCUCAAACAGCACUACACUACGAGUCCAAAUUUGUCAUGCAAGACACCCAAAACUUGUGGAUUUGUCUAGCCGAUUCCGCAUCUUGACUAUGGGAUGGGGACGUUUUUACAUAGGAUAGGUGGGCCGGCGUCCCGACGCCGAGCGUAGAGGCUCUGGAGCAUAUGCCGGAGAAAAAAAUUAGCAGAGCAUAUCUGUCAUGCCUAAAAACACGGCAAAAAAUCCUUCAUGGGCAGACCCGUACCCUGGUGUUUAGCUUAUAGGUCGAGCAGAGCUUUGCAUUUCAAAUGAAUCUGGCUUGCUAGCGUGCUAGCUUUUUUCUCUGGGAUAGAAGACCGCGAUACUGCAGACGGAGAAGAUGCAGGAGAAGUGGGAAGCAAGGAGACGGGUGGGAAACUGGAGAUCAGGAAGACGGCGAGGCAGGAUCGUUGCCCGGCGAGGGUGCAGCUUUGUUGCUCGGAGCGGCGACCUUGCUGCAAGGGGUGCUUGCCUUUUGGUAGUGGUAGACGCGUCCUCAACCUGACCGGUUCAGUCACUUCGAAGUAG